AUCUCCAUUGCAUCAGAAUAGGUAUCGACUAUUCGUAGACAGAGGGCUCAAGUUAAUUGUCCCUGUAGACUCAUCGUCAGAGCCCGUUCAUCUAGCCCGUCCUAGCCCGUCCUAGCCCGUAUCCUUUCCCGACUACCACCUCACUAGCGUCGUUGCUCCAUGAGAACAGGCAGCCCUUGUCUUAGGAGGCACGGUCACCGCUGAAUCAGAAUGAGAGCCAGAGCCGCGGCCAAGGCUUCGCCAAUAGCAUCCAGAACUUCAGAGUGAGCAUGCGGCAUUGUACAGGUUCAGCUGGCCCUAGAUCAGACCUUCACGACAACUGAUGCUACGAAUGGAAAUGUAGGCAGAUCAAAGCAUGACAUGGCUUGACGUAUGUCCAAUAGAACACGAUUGUCUCAAGACAUCCGAAACAAUAUCUCAAAGCCUUAUUUCUUGGAGUGGCAUCAAUAAUCAAGAGCUGAUACUGAGGCUUGCUCAUCUAAAAAGAGGCGCGGGCCAAGCCUGGACGGGCAAGCCCGCGAAGGCUAUAGUUCCGAUAAUUCAGCUACCGCACCUCCUCAAAGCCGCAAGGUGCAGGAACAUUAAUGAUGAAAUGCUGCACUUUAAGCCGGACAUAUCAAGAAGCCGGUACACUAGUUGCAGGGGGAAAUUGCGUGGCAUUUAAGACACAACCAACAACCUCAAUAGCGCUGUUGCUUGCAUUUAGACCAUGAUCAUGGCCAUUUCUGGAAAUCCCUUCAGCCUUGGGGAUGUGUGGCAGAUGGGAGCUAUGUGGGAUAAGCCAGCAUGAAUCUUUUCUUCGUGAGACAGUCUACAUAAGCCCGGCCGACGCUGGGUGAACUGGGCGUAUGAUGAGCCAAUGGGUUAUGGUACCGGGCUUCAACGUUUCAUGCAUCCAUUGUUUUGCUGACGCGACUUCUUCUCGAUGAUGGAGACUUCCGUCGACUUCCUAUGCAACGCACGACACGAUAUCCGUACAAGGGGACCUUCCAUCAUCUACCAGCUGCUGGAUGGCCAAGAGUCGGUUAUUUUUGUCAUUGAUAAUGACUGGCAACUGUACUAGGUAGGAUGCCCAAUAUCAGAGUGCAGUUCUGCACUUUAGCACAAAUCGAUCGACUAAAUCUAAGUGAUGA